AUGAGUAUUGUUCGCCCAAAUAUGCCGUUUCUUGGAGACUUUGCCUGGGGUCCAGGCAGCUCGAGAACGCACCCCGGUGGUAGUCUAUAUGCUAGCGAAGCUAGCGGCAGCAGCAGAAGUAACAGCGAUUCUGUUAACCAGGAGGUUAACAGCAGGUACGAUUACAAUUACGGUAACAGCAGCAGCCACGGCACUGACGCAGCAGUAGCAGCAGCAGCAGCAGCGCCAAGGCCGAUUUUACCACCAUUGCAUUCUGUUAUUCUAAAUAGCUACUCGGCUGUGCCAUUAGUAGCUUCGUCGCGGGCUGCAUCAUCAACGUCAUCAUCUUCGAUUUCACUUUCCCCAAUGGCGACUGGUUCGUCUCCGGUACUUCCGUUGGUGCACCCAAUGCCUACCGUUUCUGUGGAGAUGGAGGCCAAGAGGUCUUUGGAUAGAUUUUUGUUCAAUGGGCCUGGAAACGAAACAUAUGUGUCUGGGUGCCGGCCAGCCCCACUGCUCACGACGUGCUCGUUCACGUCGGUUUCGCACUCGCAUCCUCACUCGCACAACCAUGGAAUAUCGCGUUCACACGUGCAUCCUAUACAUGCCGACCAGCAAGCAGCCAUAGGCAGUAAUAGCCCAGGCCAUGGCCAUGGUCCAGUCCUAGGUACAGUCUCCGUUCCAGUGCCAGUCCCAUCUAACAGCCAGAACACCAAUCAUCAUGGCACUGUGUCGCAAGAACACUCAACAGAUCGUACCGAAAACACCGACUGCCUCAAAAACACCACCACCACCACCACCACAAACAUCGGAAAUAACGACAAGUUCAAGAAGAGUCCCUCGGUAUCGUCGUCCAAAAAAUCAAAGCUCUCGCAAGGUAAAUCAAUCUCCUCUAACAGAAGCCUGCCCUUGGCUGAACGCCGUAAAUACAUCUGCAAGAUUUGCUCCAGAGGCUUCACUACCUCGGGCCAUCUCGCCCGUCACAACAGAAUACACACUGGCGAAAAACGCCACAAAUGUCAGUUCCCAGGAUGCACUCAGCGGUUCUCAAGACACGACAACUACAUUCAGCAUUAUAGAACCCAUUUCAAGAACCAUCCAAACGCAGUCAAACCACCUCCAAUCGACACAUGA